CAUAGAUUUAACUUUGGAAUUUGAAAAUGGAUCGAUGGACAUAGAAGGAGGAGGAGAUAGUUGCAACAGAGAUAUACCCCCUCCCGCGAUUGCAGGGUUUCGUUUCUCAGAUUUUGGAGCUUCUUGCGGUGAUCUUUAAGCUACGUUUCUGGCGCUGCAGAUCUGAAUUCAAACCAUUCCUAUUCAAUUUCACGAUGUUUUGGCGUAUGACCGGGUUGUCCACUACGUCUCCGGUGGAGACAAUUCUGGACAAGGAAAAUUUUACACUAGAGGAACUUCUAGAUGAGGACGAAAUAAUCCAAGAAUGCAAAGCUCUUAACAACCGCCUUAUUAAUUUUUUGAGGGAAAGGACUCAGGUUGAGCAACUUGUUCGUUACAUAGUGGAAGAAGCUCCCGAAGAUGCGGAAAAAGGGCGAACAUUUAAGUUCCCUUUUAUUGCUUGUGAGAUCUUUACUUGUGAAGUUGAUAUCAUCCUCAAAGCCUUGGUUGAAGAUGAGGAGUUGAUGAACUUGCUAUUCUCCUUCCUUGAACCAGAACACCCACAUAGUGCUCUACUUGCUGGUUAUUUCAGUAAAGUUGUUGUAUGUCUGUUGUUACGGAAGACAGUUCCCUUAAUGAACUAUAUUCAAUCCCAUCAGGAAAUUAUCAAGAAACUAGUUGACCUAAUAGGAAUUACAUCCAUCAUGGAGGUUCUUAUUCGUCUAAUUGGUGCUGAUGAACAUCUUUACACCAGCUAUGUAGACUCAAUGCAGUGGCUAGAAGAUACAGAUGUCUUGGAAAUGAUUGUUGACAAGUUCAGUUCUACAGAUUGUCCUGAAGUGCAUGCAAAUGCAGCAGAAGCUCUUUGUGCUAUAACUAGAUAUGCUCCCCCUGGACUGGCUGCUAAAAUAUCUAGCCCAAGCUUCAUAGCAAGAUUAUUUCGUCAUGCUUUGGAGGACUCAAGGCCAAAUUCAGUUUUAGUUCAUUCAUUGUCUGUAUGCAUAUCUUUGUUGGAUCCCAAGAGACAAACCUCGGGUACUUAUUACAUGUACAAUCGCCAGUCAACCCAUGGUCCUGCAGCAUCAGCCAAACCUGAGACUGUGGAAGGCAUGUUGGAGAGCCUAGGGAAUCUGUUAAAGCUCUUGAAUGUUUCAGCAGAAGUAAAUGUUUUACUUACAACAUAUGGCAAGUUGCAGCCACCUCUUGGGAAACAUCGCCUAAAGAUUAUUGAAUUCAUCUCGGUCUUAAUGACUGUUAGCAGUGAAGCUGCUGAGAAGGAGUUGAUACGCCUUGGUGCAUUAAGACGUAUUCUAGAAUUAUUUUUUGAGUACCCUUACAAUAACUUCAUCCAUCACCACAUUGAACAGAUAAUAGAUUCUUGCCUUGAAAGCAAGAAUUCUUCACUUAUCAAACAUGUUCUUGAAGAUUGUCUUCUUGUCAGGAAAAUUCUUGAUGCUGAAAAGAAUUGUGCAUUGGACUCUGAUCCAAAGAAUCCAACAGUCCCUGCUGAAGGAAGAACAGCACCAAGGAUAGGAAAUGUUGGUCACAUGACACGUAUUGCAAACAAACUCAUCGAAAAAGGAACAAAUAACAGCUUCAUAGAGUCAUAUCUACAGGGUGAUAGUGAAUGGGUUGAGUGGCAUACAGAUGUACUCCUUAAACGCAAUACGCUUGAAAAUGUCUAUCAGUGGGCAUGCGGGAGACCUACUACACUUCAUGACCGUGGGAGGGAUAGUGAUGAUGAAGAUUAUCAAGAUAGAGACUAUGACGUGGCAGCUUUAGCCAAUAACUUAAGCCAGGCUUUCCGAUAUGGUAUCUAUGAAAAUGAUGAUAAUGAUGAGGGUCAUGGCUCAUUGGAAAGAGACGAUGAGGAUGUCUACUUUGAUGAUGAAUCUGCUGAAGUGGUGAUAUCUUCACUUCGAUUGGGAGAUGACCAAGAAAGUGGGUCGCUCUUCACAAAUUCAAAUUGGUUUGCUUUUGAGGAGGAGAGGGCGGAUCAAGAACAAUCAACCAGUGCAGUAGCUUCAUCACCCUCACCCACCACCGAGUCUGCUGCUGGAGGCGGCAGUGGUGGCGGUGAUGAUGAUGUCACUUCUGAUAAAAAUGACAAAGAUGUGGUUGAUGCUGCCACAUCUGAGGUCCCGGAGUCGAAACCAGGCCCGGAUGACACUGUCAUCGGGAAAUCGACUGAGGAUUUGAAACCAAGUGAGAGUGAUAAGCCACCGGAAUGGAUUGAAUGGCGGGAGUCGGUCGAACCCUCCGGCGAACCACCCAUCGAACCACCACCGGUUACAACCGUGGAGUCUGCUGAAACAUCAGUUAGUCUUUCGAAUGGUAAUCUUGAUGAUGAUAUUGUUCCGAAGGUGCCUCCGCCGUCUGCCGCCACUGGAAAACCGGAUGAGAACGAUGGCAAAACGGAUGCUGGAGGUGGUGGACCGGAGUAAUGUCCACAUGCUCAUUAUUCUGGUUGUAGGAGAGGGAAACAAAUGUGCUUUGAUGUGUAUUUUGGACUAAUUGUGUACAUUAUUGAUUGAUGGGGGUUGGCGUCGGAAAUAGGGGUAAUGAUUCUUUCCGCUCCCACCGGUGGUGGUGGUUGCUCCGGUGACUGGAAAUUGGUUCCGGUGAUGGGGGUACUCAUUUGAAGAUCCUCUUAGCAAGUGGUUGUAUGUUAAGAUCUUGACGUUUGAUUCUUAAUGUCUAAAAAUUUCAUUAAUUUAUCAUAAAAUAAGAUAAGUCAUGUUUAUUGGAUGAUGC